AUGUCUGUAGCACAGUUUGAUGCGCUGCUGACAACACUUGCGCCGCACAUCAGAAAGAAGACCACAAAUUUCCGUGAUCCGAUUGGCCCUGAACAGCGACUUGCAGUGUGUCUUAGAUAUCUCUGCACAGGCGACUCUUUUACCACCAUCGCCAAUAGCUACAGGCUGGGCAUCACCACUGUGGGGAAGAUAGUGAGGGAGACCUGUGACCAAAUCUGGAGGCAAUUCCAGCCAGUCUACCUGCCCACACCAACAGCAGACACCUGGAAGACCACAGCAAAGAGGUAG